GCAGCAAGGCUGCGCAUCAGUGCAGCAUCAGCCGUUGUAGUGGGUGGAUAGGUUUUUAGUUUGUGUGUCUUAAAUUUUUGCAAAAAUGGCUGAUCAUAAUUUGAGCUGUGGCCCACUCACCAUCAAAUACUUGGUGUUUUUCUUCAACUUACUGUUCUUCUUGUCGGGGUUGGCCCUGAUUAUAAUGGGUGGUAUCGCCCAGGGUUUCUUCAGCUCGUACAUGCAGUUCUUUGAUGGGAAAUAUGAGACUCCAGCCAUUGGCUUGAUCAUCUUGGGUUCCAUCAUUCUAGUCAUCUCCUUCUUUGGAUGUUGUGGGGCUAAGAAAGAAAAUGUUUUCAUGCUGAGAAUAUUUGCCUUCCUGAUGAUGGUAAUCCUUGUGUUGGAGUUUGCUGCUGCAAUCACUGUUGCUAUAUUGCGACCAGACAUUGAGACCCUUUUGAAGGAAAACAUGAACAAGACUAUGGAGAACUAUGGUGAUGAUAAGAGUCUUGUAACAAAGGCUUGGGAUGAUCUACAGAAAAAGCACGAUUGCUGUGGAACUUCUAGCUACAGAGACUGGGAGUGGACAAAAUACGGCCAGAAUGAGACUGUGUUGGGUGUUCCCGACUCCUGCUGCAUGAAUAUUACUUCUCAAUGUGGAUACAAAGUUUUUCCAGAGCAUGGAACCCCCAGCAACAUCUACACCGAAGGCUGUUAUACGGCUUUGACAGAAUCUGUUCAUCGUAACUUAGGAGCAAUAAUUGGAGGCCUGGUGUUUUUGGCAUUGCUUCAGAUGAUUGGUGCCUGGAUGUCUUGUUGCCUCAUCAGAGCGGUAAAGGAGCGAUACGAGAUCUUGUAAAUGCUGCCUCAAGUUUUUGGUUGAAGAGUGUGGGACUUUUUCUUUUUACCACAUUUAAAUGCCAGAUGAAGCUGGUCACAAAUAUUUUCCGUUGUAAUCAUGUUAUUGCUCGCUAAAAGUACACAGUUUUAAAUGGAAUGUUUGAAUUUGAUCUGGUAUAGCACUUAAGUUUUUAAUUGUAAUAGCUUCGGUGAUGUGCAUUGGGAGCAUGUCUUGGUUCCUUAAUGGAAGUUAUUUAUUCUGUUUUUAAUAUUGAGGGAACUUGUGGCUACAUCAUUAUAUUAGAUGUGCCAGUUUUCAUUUCACUAGGGAAGGGGGGGGGGGGAGUGGUUUGAAAAUGAAGGUUGAUUUUGUGAGGUAAAUUUUGAAUAGCUUUCUUGCUUUGUUAUCAGUGGAUAGUAAAUCUUGGCAUAUCAUUUACUUAAGAGGAACAUUUAAGACAUCUAAGACUGGCUUCAUCAGUGAUGUAUUGAAAGUGCAUGUUUUGUUUGAGAGAGGGGGGAAGUUAGGUUCUCUGUAGUAGGUUUAAUUUUGUAUUGUAAGGAAAGAAGUGUUUAGUGACUUUCAUACUGCAUGUUGAUUGAACAGUAAGUCUUGUGUAAUCAUUUACAUAGAGGAACAUUUAUGAAUUUUGAUGUGUAAUACAGCUCUAUAUAUAUGCAGUACCUAUGUCAUGCCGAACAAGAUAAAUCUGUAAAGUAAAAGGACAAGAGUGCGACUAAUGUGACAUUUUAUUGUGGCAAUGUCUCGCUCUCCAGGAGCUUUGUCAAGCCGUCGCUCCUAGAGAGCGAAACGGUGCCACAAUAAAAUGUCACAUUAGUUGCACUUGUGUCCUUUUACUUUACAUAUUGUUGGUAAUUCUACCAAAAUAUAUACAAGAUAAAUCUAUCUUUUAUGCAGAACUACCCUUAAAAUGUAACUGAAACUUCUAAUUCUCUUUGACCCACUUCUAUUAAACUUCUCAGGUCCAUUUAAAUUAUAGUACUGUCUGUUUUUCUUUAUGGGUAGAAUGAUUUUCAGGCAUUUAUUGCACGUGCAAGUUUUUGCAUAUGCAAGAUUUCUGAUUUGGCAAGACAUGUAUACUUAUGUUCUCAGCCCCUUAAUAAAGUUGUUUUUUAAAUAA